CAUUAUUAACCCGUUAUUUGAUCUUCCCAAUGAAUUCCAAUGGGGGUAAACCAUUAAGCAUUCAUCCAAAUCAUUGGACAAUAUUGGUGUUGGAUGGUGAAGCUUCUGAAUGGACUCAUUACAAUAGCAAUAAGCCCAGGGCAGGGACAAAAGAUUAUUACCUGGAGGAUGCAAGGACUGUGAAACAGUACGUGGAAAAGAAAAUGAAAGAACAUUACAUAGAUAGAAUGGUUGAACGUGGAUUAGAUGUGGAUGUCGAUAGCCUUGAUACUGAGUACAAUUUCCCAUUGGUGUCAGCAAAGAAAUGCCCUCAACAACGGACCGGAUCAUAA